GCCAAACGUCUCGAUUGAGUGAAAAGAGUAAAAAAUUUAGUCAUUUGUUAACAACGAAACGAAAAGUGUUUAAAGAAAAUGUCAAAAAAGCAUUUUAAAAGACAAAAUGUAUUCGCAAUGAAUGGCGAGCUCUCGGAUAACGAUAAUUAUGAUGAGGAGAGCUAUGGAAGCGCCAGCACUAUAGCCAGGGAAGACAUAUCGGAGCCGUUGUGUACCUCAGAGUGUGGCAGAUCUGGCGGAUCAGUCGUUGUCUCCGAUUUCGAAGAGGAGGCACUUUCAGACCACUCGACCACUACUACAACCACUACUCCCUACUCCACCACAAGUGGCUCCUCAUUAGGCACUCCUCAAGCGGUCGGAGACGUCAAGAACGAGAUGACAGAUAACGAGGAACUCUUUGCCACCAAUACUCACGAUUCCAAUGAACUAAAGUGUGGCCAAAAACUCAACUCUUUGACAGCUUUAUCGCCAAUCGUCUCCAUCAGAACCAAACACAGAGAUCUCGAAGACUGGUCCACAAAUUCAGCUAAUAUGAGCAAUACAUCCAUCAAUUCAUAUCACUUCCAAAGAAUACAUUCACCGCUUAAUACGAGCGACACUUCUCUGCGGUUCACAACUAAUUCACCGAUUGUUCAAAAACAUCGAUUCCUUCAUAAAAGAAGACAUUCAGAAAUGAACACAAAUGGCUCGUGUAAUAAGACGUCGGAUAGCGUGCCGUCAGUGCCUCGAAAGGCUGUGCGCCGUAUAUUCACGAAUAGCAGAGAGCGCUGGAGGCAGCAGAACGUGAACGGAGCCUUCGCUGACUUGAGACGUCUUGUGCCCACAUAUCCCGCCGACAAGAAGCUCAGCAAAAACGAGAUCCUCAGACUUGCCAUCAAAUAUAUCAAACUUCUUAUGGCUGUUCUCGACUACCAGAACCAAGAAGAGGGACUCCCGAUGGAAAUGACGUCCAAGAAAGCGGAACUAACACUCAAUGGUAACGCUUCUCACGAAAGGAACAGAUUUAGUAAAUCCAAACACAGACUACAAGUGAAACAAAGGGACAGAAAACGACGAUAUUAUGUGAACACUAAUAUAGGACAGCCGUCGCCCUCCAGUUCACCACUCAAUGACUGCGAUUCUCCGUUUAUCAUCAGUUCCGAUGAGUCCAGUCUUAGCUGUGCUUCAGAUACCGACUAA